AUGACCGCCGGCGUCGCCGCCGCGGCCACCACCGGCGCCGAUCUAGGUCCUGCCCGGCAUGGCUUUCUUCUACUCUUCACCAUGAUCCACGAGUCCGGUCGAAUCAUAUCGAAAAGCGUUAGGUUCGGAAGCCGUACCUUAGGCUACACAGUCAUGGUCGUUGCAUUGUUGGUGCUGGUGCCCGAGGGGAUAAUGCUAGUGACGGGUGUCAAGACACCGGCAAUGGCGGUUUUGUCGGGAAGUAUGGAGCCUGCAAUUAAAAAGGGCGACAUGGUGUUUGUGCACAACAUGAGCAAUGAACCUUUCCGCUUAGGAGAGAUCAUUCUUUUCAAGGUUGAUGGUUUUGAACAUCCAGUUGUCCAUCGUGUGAUCAAGGUUCACGAGCAUCGAGAUACUGGAGAAAUCCGAAUACUCACGAAAGAAGACAACAAUUUAGUGGAUGACCGAUUUCUCUAUGCGAACGGACAGCUUUGGCUUCAACCGCAUGAAAUUAUUGGACGGGUUGCAGGCUACUUGCCAUAUGCUGGAUGGCCUACUGUCUUCAUCAGUGAAGCUUAUAAGGUCUCUCUUUUCCUUCUUAUGAAAGAUGUUGCUGAAUGGUCGAAGCACUACAACUCCAGAAGUAUAUUGGGUAACAGUGUAACCGCGGUAGAUUUAUGUGGGUUGUCUCCAUAA